GUACAGAAUAUUUUAUUCAUAAGGAAAUAAAGCAACGUCUGUGUAAUUUCAUGUGCAAUAUAUAAAUUUAUACUAUCAGUUUUGCCUGAUAAUUAUUUUAAUUUGCGUACUUAAAACUGCUCGUACCAUUAGUAACAAUACAAUCAGCAAAAUGAAUAGCAUUGGUGAAGCUUGCAACGACCUGAAAAAGGAAUAUGAUUCAUGUUUUAAUACCUGGUUCUCGGAGCACUUUCUAAGAGGGAAUACAAAUGAUUCCAUGUGUGCCCCAUUAUUUAAAGUAUACCAAGACUGUGUUAAGAAAGCAAUGAAAGACCAUCAAAUAGAUUUGAAAGAAUGUGAAAAAGAUCUAUUAGGUACUGACCAAGAGAGAAAGGUUCCAAAUGCAAAGAGCUGACAAAGCUUAAGUUUCUGAUGACCAAGCAGUGUUCAAAACAUUAACAUAUAUAAAAACAACAAACUUAAAUUAUUUAUUUUCCCGAUGCGAAUUUAGAUAAUCCUUCAAGCAAACC